UGGUCAUAGUUACUUUUACAAACAAACAUUAAGUUUGAAAUUUACUUCAAAAUUCUAAAUUAUGUUUCGGUCGAUUUUAUUCUUCGCAGUGUUCUUGUGCGUAUAUGGUGCAGAUAAAUAUGACCCCAAAAAGGUGAACUAUUGUAAAAUGAAAUGUAUGAGUUUGGAAAAAUCUACUGGUUGCGACUGCAAACAGCAAGGAACUCGACGCGAACAAUUAAGAAACAUGGUAUCAUUUCGGCAAGUAUGUGUGGACGAACACAACAAAUUACGAAAUCUCCUCGCUUCUGGUAACGAAACUCGCGGCUUUGCCAAAUCAGCUGCCAACAUGAUGGUCAUGAACUAUGAUUUGGAGCUUGAAUAUUUGGCACGAUGUUACGGAAGAAGUACUUUUAGAGGAAUUCACGAUAGAUGUAGAAAGAUGAGCACCAAUAGAGAAUCAGGACAGAAUCUCGCUGGAAUAGGUAUUCCAGACCCCAGUUUGAACCGGGUAAUAAUAAUGAUCAGGGACAAUUGGUAUGAAGAAGUCAAAUUAAUGACGGAUAUGUAUGCAAAAUUUGAUGCAACCAACGUGCAUGACAUUGGACACUUUACAACAAUGAGUUGGUGGUGUGGCAAUAUUAUUGGUUGUGCUCGAGUUUAUGCUGAUGCGAAAGCAGACAAAUAUAUUAAUCCGGUUUUUGCACAAGCUUUAAUUUGCAACUACGCUUCGAAGGAUGUUAAUGGAAAAGAGUCAUUUAUUAACUUACCUGGCAUGCCGAUAUAUAUAGCAGGGCCACCGUGUACAAAAUGUUGGAAAAAUCAAAAAUGCAACACAAAGUACACCUCUUUGUGUGGAGAAUUGGAACCGGUGCCAACCGACAAACCGUUUGAUUUUGAAUCUAAAGCACCAAAACACAAUUCCAUUCUAAUAGUCAUUUUCAUUGCUUCAUUGGUGCUUCGUCUCUUCUAAGAAACAAACUAUUUGAAUUUCCUGAUGCUUUUGUAACGACAAAUUCAAUUAUUUUGUAUUAAAAAACAACCAUAUCUCGAAAGUUGGGUUUUGUAAAAAAUAUUGACGUAAAAACCUCUUUAAAUUUUCAAUGUGUGCAUUAACAAAAAACUUGAAUUUUCUAAUGCUUUUGUAACGACAAAUUUCUGUAUUUUGUAUUCAAAAUUUCUGGAAAAAUAAACCGUGUCUCGAA